GUGUGCACACCCCAAGCAGAACGUGACCUGAGCCUGCCUGUCCUGCGUUGACUUGCCUUGCCUUGCCUUCCAUACCCUUCGUACCUUGCCCUGCCCUGCCCUGCCCUGCCUUCAACCCCAUCCAACGAACGAGAAGACUCUGCGCACAUCCAACUGUUUGCUCACCCGUCUCCCCACUUCACUCACACCCAUAACCACCCUCGACCCCCACGAACCGUUUCACCGCAGUAUCUCACAACUGCAUCUCCACGACUCAUCUCAUCCUCAACAUCUCGAGGGUCUGAAGCACCCUGCCCGAAGCCGGACUGAGCCAGUUCUGCCGGUGAGAGAGCACACUCAUUAUCCGACAUCAUCAACUCCGAAUCUAGAACCAACAGCCACAUCUCCCGGAUCUGUCUGUCACUCCACGACGAGGAUUGGGAUUAACGACUUGCACCAGAUCGAAGGAGCUUAAAGGGGAUGAGGUGGACGCGAGGGUCAAGAUUGAUAUCCACCGCUCGAGUCAGCACUCUUCUCUAAACGCCUUGCUAUCCCACAAUCUUCCCCCAUAUCAAGCUUUUGCGACCGAGAAAAAAGAAAAAUACAGCCCGCAUGAAAGACACAUUUUGAGUUCACGCCACCUAGAUUGACGACAGAUUAACGGAGUAUUCUCAGGUCGACUGCUGAGUGGACCUUUGCCUAUCAGCUAAUUGCAGCCUUGCAUUCCUAUCUAGACCUCACGCUUUGGUGCGUGGGAACUGAAUCCUCACUUGCUUCUUCAGCCCGAGGAUCUCGGGACAGCCUCGUCUCGAGAGAGCUGUCUGAUCAGACCGGAACCGAACUCUUGGCAAGCUGGGAUUCUCCUGAACAGUCGCGAACGAGAAGGAAUAUCCCGAGAAGCAAGUCACUUCGGCAUCUCUUGUCUAUUACUCCUACUCAACGGCUGUGAACCACACCACCCACCCAUUCAACGGCAAAUCACCCCAUCUGGAGACUUCAAACCAGCCAUCUGAUUACCUCACUCUUCUUUCGUACCCUCAGUACUCAAGGUAGUGGUGUGUAAUUUUUACAUAUCUGAUUUUACUUCUCUUGACUCCUACAGGCAAUCGAGGAGCAUCAAUACAUCCUCCGCCUCGCAAAUACAUUCAUAUGAGCUAGUCGCAAGCCAUUCUCGAAUCAACACAAAGAGAAAAGCUUAUCUUGACCGAGCCCCGCACUCAGCAUUCCUGGAUUGCCAUCAGCUCGAUCUUACAUGACUACUCCUGUUGACACUUGAUUUACGGAAUCGGACAAAUCAUUGUCGGCACGAACGGAGAAAGGCUCGGUGUGUAUUGUCUACCACCACACAUCACGUAUCUAUCGACUAUCUAUGUCCUGUGUUGUUCGACAGCCUCCAGGGACUGACUUCAUGUCGGAUCACCCGAUGUCAAACCAUCCAUUCGGCAACAUGAGCGACACAGAUUCAGCACAGCAGCGGAAGGAGGAGACGUUUUCCCUCCGAACAUCUUUACCAGCAAGGGAACGAUCGAGAGAAGAGAUUGAGCUAGCGCAGCAACUACUUGGGCAUGCGCAAGGUCAACGUGACGUUUCUGGAGACAGUCCAUCGCCACGAUAUGAUGCGCAACGACCCACCUCGACAAGUCCAUCUGCAGACCGAAUACGUCAAGCAACGCCAGGUUCAGCGACGGAAGAAUUCGGCCAAAGAGAACAGUCUUAUGCUCCGAUGUCUUCAGCGCAAUCAGAUACGACUCCUAGCGGCCAAGUAUGCAGUAAUUGCGGAACGAGCAGAACGCCGCUGUGGCGACGAUCUCCACAAGGAGCUACAAUUUGUAAUGCUUGUGGUCUCUACUUGAAAGCAAGAAAUGCAUCAAGACCAACAAAUCUGAAGCGACCUCCAUCCAUUGUACCAUCAGGGCAGCAUACUCCUGAGCAACGUGUUGAUUCUCCGUCAAGAGCGGGACCUAGUGGACAUGUUGCGACUGGAGCAACAUAUGUGACAGCGGAUCAGACUUCCGUAGGAUCAUGCCCUGGCGGUGGGAGAUGCAAUGGAACGGGAGGAGCGGAGGGGUGCAGCGGAUGUCCCGCAUUCAACAACAGAGUAGCCAAAAGCGCCCAUGUCGCGGUUUCACAGCAAUCGCCUGGACCAUCGCAGUCCAAUAAUGACCAACUAGCAGAUGCUCCUUCUCCAAUCGAUGUUUCUGCACUCAGUUCGCAAAAUCAAAAUACAACAGUUGUAGUGGCUUGCCAGAAUUGUGGGACUACUAUUACUCCAUUAUGGCGCAGAGACGAGAGUGGUCACACCAUCUGCAAUGCCUGUGGCUUGUAUUACAAACUCCAUGGCGUCCACCGCCCUGUAACAAUGAAGAAAUCAGUCAUCAAGCGUAGGAAACGAGUGGUUCCCGCAACUCAAGGAACACAAGCCUCGGAAUUAGCAAGCACAUCAAUGGGCUCACCCGAAAUGGAUCACCCGUCCCCAUCAGACGAAGCUCCGCGCGGUAGUAUCAAUCCAGACGGCUCUGUGAAUCUCGGACUACGUCUCCGCGAUGAUCAAGGUCGCUCUCUUCUCCCUGACCCACUUCAAUCGAGUCGUGGCCAGAACGGUCUCAGUUCCGAUUUGACCGCCUACUCAUCAUCUUCACAUUCGCACACACACGAUCACUCCGAUUCUCUGAAUAACGAAAACCGCUUGCCACCUAUGACAUCUUACCCACCACCCACACACCAGCGGCCAUCCGUCUCACCAAACUCGUUCCUAUCACCCUCGCGCAAGCGCUCCUUCUCAACCACAGAGAUGGAACAACUGCCUCCAAUAUCCGACGCUGCCUCCGCCAGUUCCACACAACCCAAACGUCUCAGCUCGAUCAAAUCCAUCCUAAACCCAGGAUACACUGAUCCCGACUCCGAGAUGCGGGGCGAGAGACGCAGUCCGGGUGGAUAUCGAGGGAGCCAGAGCCCAAAUAUGGGAUACGCGAGUAGUUCUGGGACGGCGAGGACGAGCAAUGAAAGGGAGAGGGAUCAAAUGACUGAGACUGAGAGAAGCAAGAUGGAGAGGAGAGAGAUGCUGAAAAUGGAAGCCGAGAGAAUGAGGGAGGCCCUUAAGGCUAAGGAGAGAGAAUUGGAGGAAUUGGGAAUGGGAGAGUGAUAUUUGGGAGUAGGAGGUGGGUAUGCUGAGGGGUGGGCUGUAUGAGGGUGGUGGCUUUGAUCGAUUGGUGAACGAAGUGGAAUUUCAAGCAGAGCGAAAUUGCAUACUUGCGUAUAAGCGCGCGUGUUUCUCUACGACGUAUGCUGCAUAGAAAGGGAGGGCCACCUCACCUACAGGAGUUUAUGGGGUCGGAAACGUGCAAUUGCGAGGGGCGGAAUGCCCCAAUAAAAUGGGAGGUGCCUUUUAUCGUUUUGGUGUUAUGGGUAUUAAGGAAGGGAGUGCGUUUAUUCCAAUUGUAUCCAAGACCUGUAGAGAAAACCAAGGAGAGAGAAUGGCAAUCGAUGAAUCAGUCAACUUGCCUGUCUGGCCUACCCCAGAGGCGCCGCUUUUGAAUGGUGUGGGAGUUGAAUUAAAACGAGAUAUUCCAAAUGACUGAAUUUAUGGAAAAGCGCAUGGAUUAUCCUCCAGUGGCUGACGAUGAAGUGCGUUGCUGUGAACAGGGUCCUUCGCUGGAACAGGGCUGCCAGAUGUGGAGACUUUGACCAGGGUUGGAGAGCAGGGGGAUGAUUGCUCGCUUAAUUCAACAACAACCAACAGGAGAACGUGCCUUUCUCCUGUGAAUCUAUGA